CAAAAUAACUGAAAACUAUUCAAAUUUUGUUUUAACUUUCUAAAAUUUUAUUUUCUUAUCAAAAAUCUAACAAAAUGUGGUCUGAACAGGCAAAAUAUAAAAACCAUUUCCUACAAAUACAAUUGCAGCACUUAAAGCCAAAGCAAAUUAAUGAAAUGGUUGAUAAGGAAAUCCUUAAAUGCCGACUGCAUCGAUGUGGAUAUGGUCAAGAAAAGCAAUUUACCAAAGUAGGUGGCAUUACCUGUAAAAGUGCUUUAUAUUUUGAGGAUCGUGCUGAAUUGGCUUAUGGUUUCGGUACAUUGCCCAAACUAAUGCGUCAACUGGGCAGUGAUGACUAUUUGACCCAAUGGAAGGCCAUUAAUUCUCUAGCUGAAUAUAUAGAGAAUCCUUUAUAUGCCCAAAGAGCAAUAACACAAUAUGAUAUUGUGAGAAGAUGUCAAAAUGUUUUCCUACGCAUACGUUUGAAGUAUCGAAAGGUCAAAUAUCGAGAGAUAUACCGCUUGUUACAUAUUUUUUAUUACAUAGCCAUGCAUAGAAAUGGCGCUAAGAAAAUUUUGGAAAAGCACCGUUUACUUGAUCAAUUCUAUGCGAUUAUUAAAGAACGUAACAAACAUCUAGAGGCAUUAUCGAAAAUCUUACCCUUUCUUAGUCAAGAUAUUGAAAAUUGCCUUGUACUAAUCGAUGAUUAUAAAGUUUACGAUAAACUCUGUGAUAUUUGGCAAAGAGAUCCUUGCAUAUCUUAUUAUCCUGCAGAUUUGUGGCUGCAUUUAUCACACGUCAUAGAGCAGACUCCGCAAGAAGCCAUUCAAAGGGGUUUCUUUGAUAUUUUUUAUCAACGCAUAAAAGGUCAACUGUUCCAAUAUCAUUUAUGGGAUAUGAAAUGUUUUGCCUUACUUUUACGCUGCCCCCAAGGUCAACAACUUUUUUUGCAAGUGGAUGGUGUGAAAUUAUUGUAUGGGAUAUUAAGCGAUCAGCAGCAAAGUUUGGAUUGCUAUGAAAAUAUUGUAUUUGCCCUAAUGAAUGGUUUAUUUGCUAAGGCGGUUCUCUGGAGAUGUAGGGAAUUUACUGAUUUACCUUUAAUUUUAACUAAUUUAGCAAAAGAUCAUGAGAAAUUGAAGCAACAAUUAUUUUGUUUACAGACUUUACGCGAAUUGGGGGUUAUGCCGGUUAUUAAACGUUUUAUUAAAGCUAAUUGUUUGGAAGAUAUCAAAAAUCUUAAUUGCAAAUCCUCAAUUAAUGAACAGCAACGUUUGGAAAUAGUUUAUUGGUUGGAAAGAGAAAUUUUUCAUAGCAGUAAUUUGAGAAUGGAGUCGUUAGCUAUUAAUGAAAUGUAA